AUGUUUUAUUUCAGCCAGCCACCGAAAUCUGGAUUUCGUUUGAUCACACUUCCCAGACUCCUCAGUGUUCUUGUUGGAAUUUUUGUCGUUACCACAAUUGUGCUCGCUACUCUCUAUGGCAUAAAAGAAAACAGGAUACCAGCAGCAACAACUGUAGUAACAACAAUAUUCCCACCUUCAACAACAACACCACCAUCAACAACAACACCCCCAUUAACAACAACAACUACAACACCAUUAACAACAACAGCAAAAGCCUACUAUCUAAUCGAAAGUAUCGAUGAAACAGUUGAACCGUGUGAAGAUUUUUACCAUUUUGCUUGUGGAACAUGGCUGAAAAAUGCUCGAAUCCCUGAAGAUACCGGUGUUCAAAAUAUCUUCAAUCUCUUGGAUACACAAUUAGAUUUCAACAUAAUUGAUCUUUUAUCACCAACACCGGGAAAUGGAGCCGUUGAACCAAAAGCUGUUAUUAAUGCUCGUAAUUUAUACAAAUCAUGUAUAAAUGAAACAAAUAUUGAAAUUGAUGGUGUCGAACUCGUUCUCUCUAUCAUUAAUACUGAGCUUGGUGGAUGGCCUAUUUUACAAGGUGCUUCAUGGAAUGUUUCGACUUUUAACUUAUCCAAUCUUUUACUCAAACUGCGUAAAUACGAUAAUGGAAUCGUUUUUAGUGUUGCUACAGCAACUGAUCAAAAAAAUGUAUCAGUUUAUGACAUUGGCCUUGGACAAGGUAGUCUCGGUUUACAAGAAAGAGAAUAUUACAAUAUUGAAACGGAUGUUACUGCAGCUUACCGUCAGUUUAUGAAUGAUUUCGCUUCGCAAUUGACAAAUGAAACAUCAUCAAUUGCAGCUGAUGUUCUUGCCAUUUAUUUAUUUGAAAAAAAUAUUUCUCAAUAUCAUUGGACCUUCUAUGAACAACUACUUCGAGUUAAUGAAACUAUUCAAACAAUUGUUGGAAAUCUUUCUAAUUCAUUCAAAUCUAAUUUUGAUUUUACUAAUUACCUUCGUCAAUCGUAUCUCAUUGACAAUGUAACUUUACUUGAUACCGACAUCGUAUCUGUCAGUGAAGUUGCAUAUUUAGUAAAUCUUUCUUUAAUUCUUGAGCAAACUCCAGCACGUGUUGUUCAAAAUUAUUUAAUUUGGCGUUUUAUGAUGAAUCGAGCAAGUAGUAUGCCAAAACGAAUUCGAAGUACUCGCGAACAAUUUGAUCGAGUAUUUUAUGGCAUAAGUUCUGAACCAGCACGUGCAACAACUUGUGCUAAUUACGUUAAUAAUAAUAUGGGUUUCGCAGUUUCUAGACUUUAUAUUAGAAAAUAUUUUGAUGAUAAUGCUCGUAAUCAAUCAAAAGAGCUCAUUAAAAAUAUUCGAAGUUCAAUGAUGACUAUGCUUCAACAAGCGUCAUGGAUGGAUAAUGAAUCAAAACAAAAAGCUAUUGAUAAAGCUCAAGCUAUCUAUGAAAAUAUUGGUUAUCCAGAUUAUGUAGCUAGUGAUAAUAUAACACAAUUGGAAAAAAUGUAUACUGAAUAUGUUUUUAAUGCAUCAUAUAUUAAUAAUGUUCUUGAAAUGCAACGAGUUAAUGCUCAAGAAGAUUUUCGAACACUUCGUGAAGUUGUUGAUCAUCGUUCAUGGGGUGAUCUUCCUCCAACUGUAGUCAAUGCUUUCUAUGAACCACCGACAAAUGCUCUCUCUUUUCCAGCUGCUAUCCUACAAAUGCCGUAUUUUAAUAAAGAUGCACCCAAGUAUCUUAACUAUGGUGCUAUUGGUAUGGUAAUCGGACAUGAAAUAACACAUGGAUUUGAUGAUGAUGGUCGUCAAUAUGAUAAAAAUGGAAAUCGAGUUCCUUGGUGGUCAAAUAGUACAAUAAAUCAAUUUAAUGAACGUAAACAAUGCAUCAUUGAUCAAUAUAGCAACUAUACAUUGAAUGGUGAACAAACACAAGGAGAAAAUAUUGCUGACAAUGGUGGUAUCAAAAGUUCAUUCUUUGCAAGUCAAUCAUAUGCAUGUGUUGAAAAUUUUGAAAAUAUUACCAGGCCUAAAGUUUUAACAGACGUACAUUCUCUUGCACAAUUUAGAGUUCUUGGUCCACUGUCGAAUUUUGCUGAAUUCGAUCGUGUAUUCAACUGCAUACCUGGUCAAGGAAAUAGUCGAGUUAAAAAAUGUGCUAAUCCAGCUCAAUAUGAUUUUGCAUUCCAAUCACUUCCUAUUAAUCGUCGUCGAUGUAUUGCCUUUCUUCCCGACAAUCCAAAUGACAAAUUAUGUCAUUGUAAUCGAACUAAAGAUGAACAUCUCACUAUGAAUGAGCAAUGGCAAUCGAAUGAAAAAUGCUGUGAAGAUAUUCAUACGAUGAAAGAUUCAACAAAAGAACAAGGACUUUCUCUCAUAAAUAGAGCACCAUAUGUACGAUGUGAUAUUGAAACUGAUCCAUCUAUUGUCGAAACAAUACUACUUUAUAUUUGGCGCAUUCCACGUCCUUCACUAAUAAUGCAAGUAACAGGCGGACAUAAAUACUUUAAAUUACGAGGAAAAAUGGAAGUUAAUUUUCUUGAUGAUUUUGUAAAAACAAAAUUUAAAACACAUAAAAAUUAA